AUGUCUUUGCCGGGGUUGUCUGAAAAGCAGGCACGGAAACUUGUUCGGAUGCGGCAGAAACAUGGUUAUCUCGACAUGAAUAUGUUGAGUGAAGACCAGGCAGACGAUGAGGAAAGGAUUGCGGGCUUCACUUUGUCCAAUCCAUUCCCGAUUGAUCCAGCAGCAGUUGGAUAUCCUAAGAAAGAGGAAACUACUAAACUAGAGAGUUCAGUUGCCAGGGAUAGAAAAAGUUGCAACAGCCGUUCAAGAGCUAGAGAGGAGGGCCGCGAUAGUCUAGAAAGGCGUCACUACUCGCGGGACAGGAGCUACUCCCCAAGAAGGUCUUACCGGUCUCCAUCUAGAAGUCGAGAUGGUAAACAUGAAUACCAUUACAGGAAGCGGAGUAUUUCGCAUGAUCGCUCGCCAGAAGACUACCGGAGGAGGUCAUCCGGUGGAAGACGUCGACAUGUGUCGCGGGACAGAGAGAGUGACAGGGAUCACUACAGACGGCGCCAUGAUCAUCAUAGUGGUCACCAUCGCAGGUCCAAGUUUUAUUACUCGGAUAGUGACUCGGACUCCGAUGAAGAGUAUCGGACACUGAGGGGAGAAAAGGGGAAAUCCAGAUAA